AAAUAAUCCGACUACAUAUUUACUCCGUACACAGGAUCUUCAAACUCCGCUGCCAUCGCCGACGCUUCCACUAAGCCAAAAAACUACCUCCGCUCAGUAAAUUACACAGGAUAUCUCCCCCGCAAUACAUCCACACACAAUGGCGGACGCCGACGAAGACGCCCUCAUCCAACCCCCCUCCUCCUACGACCAAUCCACCCACAUAGACCAAGACCUAUCCGACGAAACACAAGACUUCCGCUUCCUAAACUCUCUCUCCUUCCUCCCCGACCCAAACCAACCAGCCUCCCUCCCGCGCCGGGGUGAAAAGGACUUCGAGCCCAACCCAACACUACGCCAGGCUGAUGUCCUCGCCGCGUCGCGCGAUGCCAUGCACAAUGCGCUCGCGUAUCCAAGACUACAUAACCCGAAAACGCGCGUUGUCGGCAUUUACUGUCCGACAGGCCUGUUUAAGCCGGCGCAUGCUGGCGGGUCCAGCAGUGCGCAGCAAGUAGUAGCAAAGGAGCAAAAGGAGGAAAAGGAGCAGGUAGAGGAGCGUGAGCCGGAACGUCAAGAUGAGGAGCAGAUAGCGGCUCCAAAAAAGAAACCCGCUCCACCUCAUGGAAUUGGAAGGGGUACCUGUGUCUGUGUCCCUAGUCCGCGGGGCCAGCACUUUAGAACGGUCGGCCGAUCCGACCACUGGAAUCGCGUGUGGCUGUUGCCCGAAGAAGCGCUGUAUUUGCUGGAGAGAGGGAGUUUGGAUAUCAGGUGGCCUGCGUCAGCGGGAGGAUAUGCAGCCGGAAGCGCGGAGAUAGAAGGGGGGCAAGAAGAGAAUGUUGAGGACGUGGACGGGGGAGUCCCGAUGAGUUUACAAGCGGCGUAUGCAUGCUUUCUCGGACGUGGAGGGUUAACAUUGGAGCGGUAUAUUGUCUAUGCGGGCCUGAGGAGGGGUGGGUAUACUGUGAUUCGUGCACCAAGUUGGGAUGACGGGAAAGGGGAUGGGGAUGGGGACGGGGACAACGACCGAGGGACAGCCGAGCAGGUUCCCAUCGCCGCUGCUGCUUCUACGACGAAUGAAGCUGGGAUACAUGCACAUACGGAGCAGCGGCGUGGGAGGUUAAUUAGCGUGCUAACCCGAUUUUUUAACUCGAUAUUUGAACCUGGACCUACACGCCGCUUAACACACGGCCCAGUCAUCGGUCUAGGGAUACACCGUAACUAUCACGACAUCUACCGCGCCCUCUCCAUAAUCCCUACCCACAACCCAACACACCCGGAACCCACUCCGCCCAAACACACAAACCUCCCUUACCGCCUCGCCUUCAACGUCUACAAACCCUCCACCCCCUUCCGCAAAUCCUCCCCAGGCAACCCCGACUUCCGCCUCGCCGUCAUCGACUCCCGCCGCCACCCCACCCUUCCCACGCUCCACGAGUUAUCAGCGCUGUUGGAAAGCACGCCGCUGGAUCCGCCGCGCGGGGAGAAAAUGGAGCGCCUGAUGUAUAUGCGGCUGCGCCAUGGGUGGCGGAAUGUGAUUUUGGCGGUGGUCGAUCAGGGGGUUGUGAGUUUUCUGAGGGUGGCGGAUGCUGGGUUUAUUGGGGUGAGGGUUUACGAGGGGAAGAGUGGGACCAGUGGGAAUAAAGGGGGGAGAAGGGGAGGGGGAAACGGUCGUGGUGGCGGCAAUGGACGUGGGCGUGGGAGAUAGGAUGGUUGUUUUCUUUUCUUUUUCUUUUUUUUUUUUUUUUUUUUUUUCUUUUUU